ACAUGGACUGAUCAGUUAAAAGAAAAUGGCUAAAAUCCUUUGUUCUCUUAUUUUUCUUUGUGCUUGCUUUGUUCUUUCUACUGGUGCUAGAGUUAAUCAUAGAAUCCUGUCAUCUUCUACUUUGGAUCAUGAUGAUGCUACCCCUACUGGCUCAAACUUUACCUUUGUUUGUGACCCCGCCAGAUAUGCUAGUUUGGGUAUAGAUGUCUCAAACUUUGCAUUUUGUGACACUUCAUUGUCUUAUGAAGUUAGGGCAAUGGAUUUAGUCAAUCAAAUGACUUUGAAUGAAAAAGUUCUGCAACUUGGAAACAAAGCUUAUGGGGUGCCUAGGUUAGGGCUUGCUGAAUAUCAGUGGUGGUCAGAGGCUCUCCAUGGAGUGUCAAAUGUCGGUCCAGGAACCUUCUUUGACGAUUUGAUUCCUGGUUCAACAAGUUUCCCUACGGUGAUAACUACUGCAGCAGCAUUCAACGAGUCACUAUGGAAAGUUAUCGGGCAGGCCGUUUCAACAGAAGCAAGAGCUAUGUAUAAUCUAGGUCGGGCUGGAUUAACUUAUUGGAGUCCGAAUAUUAAUGUAGUGAGGGAUCCUCGAUGGGGAAGAGCCAUUGAGACACCAGGAGAAGAUCCUUACCUUGUUGGCAGAUAUGCUGUUAAUUAUGUGAGAGGCUUACAAGAUGUUGAGGGAUCAGAGAAUUACACGGAUCCUAAUUCUAGACCCCUCAAAGUAUCCUCAUGUUGCAAGCAUUAUGCUGCUUAUGAUGUUGAUAAUUGGAAAGGAGUUGAACGUUACACUUUUGAUGCUAGAGUGUCAGAACAAGACAUGGUGGAGACAUUCCUUCGACCUUUUGAAAUGUGUGUCAAGGAUGGUGAUGUUAGCAGUGUUAUGUGUUCUUACAAUCGUGUUAAUGGCAUACCUACUUGUGCUGAUCCGAAGCUUUUAAAUCAAACUAUUAGAGGAGAUUGGGACCUACACGGAUACAUAGUUUCUGAUUGUGAUUCCUUACAAGUAAUGGUUGACAAUCAUAAAUGGCUUGGUGAUACCAAAGAGGAUGCAGUUGCACAAGCUCUUAAAGCAGGUUUGGAUUUGGAUUGUGGAGCUUACUACACGGAGAAUGUUGAAGCUGCAGUUAGACAAGGGAAAGUCAGGGAGGCAGACAUAGACAAGUCCCUGAAUUUCCUUUAUGUGGUUCUAAUGAGAUUAGGGUUUUUCGAUGGAAUCCCCCAAUACAACUCUUUUGGCAAGCAUGAUGUGUGCUCGAAGGAAAAUAUUGAGUUAGCAACCGAAGCUGCAAGGGAGGGGGCUGUCCUUCUGAAAAAUGAAAAUGACAGUCUACCUUUGAGCACUGGAAAAGUUAAAACCUUAGCCGUGAUUGGACCUCAUUCUAAUGCUACCUCAGCUAUGAUUGGAAACUAUGCUGGUAUUCCAUGCCAAAUCAUUACUCCUAUUGAAGGGUUAUCAAAAUUUGCGAAAGUGGAUUAUCAAAUGGGAUGCAGUGAUAUUGCAUGCAAGGAUGAGAGCUUUAUAUUCCCAGCAAUGGAAUCUGCAAAGAAAGCCGAUGCCACUAUUAUUUUAGCUGGCAUAGAUUUGUCUAUCGAGGCUGAAAGUCUUGAUAGGGAUGACCUUCUCCUUCCAGGCUACCAAACUCAACUCAUCAAUCAAGUUGCUAGUGUUUCUAAUGGCCCGGUUGUUCUUGUACUCAUGUCUGCUGGAGGUGUAGAUAUCUCUUUUGCCAAGAGUAAUGGAGAUAUCAAAUCUAUUUUGUGGGUUGGAUACCCCGGAGAAGAGGGAGGAAAUGCUAUCGCAGAUGUUAUUUUUGGCAAAUAUAACCCAGGAGGAAGAUUACCACUCACAUGGCAUGAAGCUGAUUACGUGGAUAUGCUCCCAAUGACGUCUAUGCCUUUGAGACCAAUUGAUAGCCUAGGCUACCCAGGUCGUACUUACAAGUUCUUUAAUGGAUCUACUGUUUAUCCAUUUGGACAUGGACUGAGUUAUACUCAAUUCACUUAUAAGUUGACAUCUUCGAUAAGAUCACUCGACAUCAAAUUGGAUAAGUAUCAAUAUUGUCAUGAUUUGGGAUACGAGAACGACUCGUUCAAGCCUUCUUGUCCUGCAAUUCGAGUUGAUGAUUCUCAGUAUAAUGAUCAUUUUGAAUUUGAAGUUGAAGUCCAGAACGCAGGCUCUAAAGAUGGGAGUGAAGUGGUCAUUGUCUAUGCAAAGCCACCAGAAGGAAUUGACGCCACCUACAUCAAGCAAGUUAUUGGUUUCAAGAGGGUAUUUGUUCCUGCUGGAGGCAGUGAAAAGGUGAAAUUUGAGUUCAAUGCUAGCAAGAGUUUACAGGUUGUAGACUUCAACGCCUACAGUGUUUUGCCUUCUGGUGGACACACUAUUAUGCUUGGAGAUGAUAUAAUUUCUUUUCCUGUCCAAAUAAGAUUUUGUUAGGUGUAGGAUUAUGCUGUGAUUAGCUACUAGUUUUUCCACUGAAUGUUUUGUUUAUGAAAUUUUCAAUUUAUCAAAUAAAUAGUACUAGUUUCUUUAUUGUUCGAGA